AUGAAUUUUGAAUUUGAGAGGGAGAUUGGGUUUAUAAACAGCCAGCCAUCGCUCGCCGAGUGUCUGACUUCCUUCCCCGCUGUCUUGGAGACAUUUCAAACUUCAUCAAUCAAGGAGUCGACAUUAAUUCCUCCUCCUCCUCCUUUCGAGCAAACCUUCCCCAGCCUCCAGCCCGGCGCCUCCACCCUUCAGAGACCCGGGAGCCAAAAGCGAGCCGAAGAUGGGCCCGCUCUGCCGCCGCCGCCGCCGCUCCCCGCCGCCCCCCUGGUCCCCGAGUUCCCCUGGAUGAAAGAGAAGAAAUCCGCCAAGAAACCCAGCCAAUCCGCCUCGUCUCCACCGGCCGCCGCCUCCGUUUCGGCCUCCGGGGUCGGAUCGCCAGCAGAUGGCCCGGGACCGCCGGAGGCCGCCGGCAGCGGGGCGCGCAGGCUGCGCACUGCUUACACCAACACGCAGCUCCUGGAGUUGGAGAAGGAAUUCCACUUUAACAAGUACUUGUGCCGGCCGCGCCGCGUGGAGAUCGCGGCCUUGCUGGACCUCACCGAGAGGCAAGUCAAAGUGUGGUUCCAGAACCGGCGCAUGAAGCACAAGCGGCAGACGCAGCACCGAGAGCCGCCCGACGGGGAGCCGGCCUGCGCAGGCGCGGCGGAGGACACCGGCGAGCCGGCCGACGAGCCCGCGGCCAGCCCCGGCCGCCCCUCCGCCUCGCGGGCGGCGCGGGAAGCCUGCUCGCACCCGCCCGAGGCCGCGCCGGCCCCCCCGGGCGCCCAGGGCCCCCAGCCUUUGAGCGCUCACGUGCGGGGUGGUUUGCGCGCGGCCGCCAGGCUGGAGCCCGAGCCGUUGCCCGAAGACGCCUUCCCCGAGCGGCAGGAUUCGCCUUUCCUGCCCGAUCUCAACUUCUUCGCGGCCGACUCCUGUCUCCAGCUGUCCGGAGGCCUCUCCCCCAGCCUCCAGGGCUCGCUCGACAGCCCGGUUCCCUUUUCCGAGGAAGAGCUGGAUUUCUUCACCAGCACCCUCUGUGCCAUCGACCUGCAGUUCCCCUAACCGGUUUCCUCCUCCCGGCCCCUCCGAGCCUCGUCCCCUCGGCCCGUCGGCCGGAAAACCCGAGGACCCCCCCCCCCCAAGUCGUUUAGACUUCUUUCUGUGUUUUGCUAAAAUUCAGGUAUUAUUCAGUUAGUGUUUAAUCCAUUUCCUUUCUUCUCUGUCUAAAAUACUGGGCACUCGGGCGUCUUUUUAAAACCACACAGAAAAACUCCGGUAGACUCUUUCCAACGAAAUCUCAGGAAUAAUUAAACUCUGGGGGGCGGGGGCUUUCUUAAAGAACUGGAGGAACAUGUUUUCCUCUCUCUCUCUUUAAG